UGUAAAUGUAGGGAGCAGAAGAUCAAGCCGCAGAAGCGUUAUCUGCACUUCCCUGUUUGGAGUUGGAGCUCCCGAAGGGUCGCCUUGUUGGUGUUCGGCCCCAAGGGUCUAGCAGAGGUAGCCAGAAAUUUGGGGAAGACUUUGCGUGCUUUCCAACCAACCAUUAGAGAGUUACAGGAUGUAUCAAGGGAGUUCAGGAGCACUCUUGAACGAGAAAUUGGAAUUGAUGAGGUUCCCCCCUCCACGAAUUAUAGGCCCACAACCACGAAUAACAACGAACAACCUGCCGCCGACCCAAAUGUUAAGCCUGAAGCUGCACCUUAUACUAGCGAGGAACUCAUGAAAGUAACUGAAGAACAAAUUGCUGCGUCUGCGGCUGCUGCCUGGAAUACUCAGCCUGCCCCAUCACAAGAGCAAGAAGCAGCACCCCGAACUCAAAGUACCGGCACUGCUACAUCAGGAGGUAAUGAUGGUCCUGCAGCUCCUGCUCCUGCGACCGAGUCUGUUCCAAGCGAAGCAAAUCAGUCUGAGAAAGUGGAAAGCGAGCGAAGCAAAUCAGUCUGAGAGGCGGAAAGCAAGCAAUAAAGCCAGUGGAUGGGAAGAGCAAAUCAGGGCUGGAGUUUUGCUCAGUUUUUUCCUGAGGCCGGGGGAAGAGUUGUAUGAAAUGCUUACAGUUUUUUUCCUGCGAAGAGCAAAUCAGGCUUAUUCUGUUUAUCCUGUGCUGCUGUUGUAGAUGUUGAAGAAGGCUGUGUAUAUUUCCUAGUAGUGCGUCACCCGCUGCCACGGCUGCUGCUUGUGCCGUCGUCGGCCUUGUAACAUUUCUGAGCCUGUCGUAGCCACGACAGUUUGUUGUAUGGAGCAAUGAGUUUAAUCAUUAUUGAACGGCGAGGCGAUUGAUUC